UUUCUCUGUCAUAAAGUUAACGAUGAAAACGAAGAACCAAAUAUAAUACUCCUCCUCCCUCUGUACAAGAACGCAACGACAGAUUACAGCACAAAAAGCAAGAGAGGGAGAGACAGAGAGAAGAGGAGAGAGAAACCCAACGGAAAACAGAAGAGUCGUUCAAAUAUUCGUCUCUCCCUUUUUUCUGAGCCCAACCUUCGAAACCCUAGCCACGGCGUUUACGACGUCGCCUCCAUAGUAAUUCCAUAUACUUGUUUCACCGACGAAGACAUGUCCGGUACGACGCCGUCGCUAGCGGCGUCGGCUAGGGUUCUGUUCCCUACCAGAUCUCAGAUCCCCCGCAGCCCUACUUGACGAAAAAAGCCGUCGAUUCUACAACCGGGGAGGAACUCGUCGUUCUAUCGGUCAUGGCGACCGGAAAGGGAGCGUUCGAGAAGGCUCGGAGAUUCGUUCGGACGGUUUACUUCAUGGUGGCGAUGGUGGCGUCGCUUCUGGUCCUCUCGGCGCCGUUGCUGGUUUCCGUAGUUGAUAUACUGGUGCCCUGGGUGUUGGUUUCGAGCUUCACUUGUGUUAGGUGUUACAGCUUUCAGGAACAUUUUCGUAGAUACUCGUUCAAGACUUCUUUGACGGAUAUUCCUCUGGUUUCGAUUGUUAGAUCUGUUAUAAUCACAUGUGUUUAUUCAAUGUGUGAUGGGCCUGCCCUCUCACACGGCCCGUAUCUCGGAACUGUGAUGCUGUGUUCUUUCAGUUCCAUUAUUCUUCUUUCAGUUAAGGCUUGUGUCUUCACCUUCAACUCUCAAAUUGAGGCUGACGCUUCUUCAUCUUCGCUCUCGAGGCAGAAGCUCCAUCUGAAAAUGCCCGUUUUGUUUCUCUCCUCUGUGGUCUUUGCCCUUGGCCAUACCGUGGUUGCCUAUAGAACGAGCUGCAGAGCGCGGAGGAAAUUCCUCUUUCACCGAGUUGACCCGGAAGCAGUACUUUCUUGCAAAAUUGUUUUUGCUGGUUUUCAGAAGGUUCCGCGAUCUCCCACUCCCUCUGCAGGCAAAAUACCAAAAAGUGACGGUGAAUUGAGGCGAAAACCUGGAGUCAUCGCUCGUGAUGAAGGGGAGCUCCCCAUUAGAUUCCUUGCUGACGUUGACAGCUUAUUCAUUGCUUGCCAAGGGCUUACAAUCCACUAUAAGCUUAGCAUGUCCAGUUCACCUCCUCGUUCCUUAUCUUCCACAACUAUUUUCGACAGGCCAUCGUUGAAUGUCCUGUCGAGAACCCAGUAUCAUCUCCACAGGAGCUUUAGUAAUAAAUACCCCACUUCUUCUCUAUAUGCUCCACUAUUAGAUGGUUCUCCAACAUCUCCAGUGUUGUCUGAAGAUAUUCCUAUUCUGAGCCUAGAUAGUCCCGCUGACAUGGAUGAAGUGAGUACAUCAAGCUCUCCGGCAGCAGAGCAUGAUUUGGAGGCAAAUGGCCAGAUUGGCAUUGUUUUAGUGCAUGGAUUUGGAGGGGGAGUCUUUUCAUGGAGGCAUGUGAUGGGUGUGCUGGCUCGGCAGGUUGGUUGUACAGUUGCUGCUUUUGACCGUCCCGGUUGGGGAUUGACAUCGAGACCACGCCAAAAGGAUUGGGAAGUAAAUCAAUUGCCUAACCCGUACAAGCUUGAAAAUCAGGUAGACCUGCUUCUUUCUUUCUGUGCGGAGAUGGGCUUUUCUUCAGUUAUACUGGUUGGUCAUGAUGAUGGAGGCAUACUUGCGCUAAAGGCUGCACAGAGGGUCCAUGCAUCACCAAAUUCUGUCAAUGUUGAAAUCAAGGGGGUGGUACUAUUGAGUGUAAGCUUGUCAAGGGAAGUGGUCCCUGGCUUUGCCAGAAUUCUCUUGUACACGUCGCUUGGGAAGAAACAUAUAGUUCGUCCUUUACUGCGGACAGAAAUUACUCAAGUGAUUAAUCGGCGUGCGUGGUACGAUGCGACCAAGCUAACAGCAGAAGUUUCAAGCCUCUACAAGGCUCCUUUAUGUGUAGAAGGCUGGGAUGAAGCUCUUCAUGAGAUAGGAAAACUUUCAUUUGAGACAGUCCUUUCACCACAAAAUGCAGCAACAUUGCUGCAAGCUAUCAAGGACUUGCCAGUUUUGGUUAUUGCAGGGGCUGAAGAUGCUCUUGUACCACUGAAAUCUGCUCAAGUCAUGGCUUCAAGAUUUGUAAAUUCUAAACUGGUUGCAAUUUCCGGGUGUGGUCAUCUUCCACAUGAGGAGUGCCCCAAGGCAUUGCUUGCAGCUAUAUUACCCUUCAUCAGCAAUUUGUUAACAAAAUCAGAAGUGCAUAACCAAUGAAUCUUUAACUCUAGAUAGGGUUCUUAUUUUAUGUUGCGGGUUUUUUCUCUCUUUUUCUUCUCUUUUUCAAUCUUUGUAUUCACCUCAAAUGAAAGAGGCCAAUCUCCACCUCUUCUUUUGGCUAUUUUUGAUGUGUUAGUUUGGCAGCUUACCCUUACCCUAAUACUAAAGGGUUUCUCACAUGUACUUUUUUUUUUUCUCUCUCUUUUGGCUUUUGUCUUUUGGUCUUUUAAGUGCUGAGUCAAUCAAGUUGUUUAAGGAGGUUAUUUGAACAGUUUGUGUUAUUUACCACUAAAGAGAGUGGAAAUGACACCCAUUGUGUAUAGUUCUCAUAGUUUGGAAUGCAGCAUUUAGCUAGUUAGUUCCA